AUGGGUUUGAGUACAAAGCAGGUUUCUGGUGAUCAUGGGAUUGAUUGGAGCCAGACCUUGUUGCAGCCGGCCCCUCUCGAGGUGCCAAAACCUCCACCUACAAGGCGGCAACAACCACAACAACCACCACCGGAGCGUUUGAAGUGUCCAAGGUGUGAAUCAACAAACACAAAGUUCUGUUACUACAACAAUUACAACAAGUCCCAGCCUCGCCAUUACUGUAAAGCUUGUAAAAGGCACUGGACUAAAGGUGGCACUCUUCGCAACGUUCCCGUUGGCGGUGGUCGGAAAAACAGGCGGCUCAAGACAUCAAAUUCCACCACCACCACCGAGGCUGCCAGCACCACUAAUAAGGGUAAUGCUCUGAGUGUUAAUAGCCAGCAACAAAACAUAUCUGAUGUUCUGUACCAGGCCAUGAUUCGUCCACAAUCUUCAUUUCAACUUGAUAAAAUCAACAGCUUUCAUGGGAAAACUUUGAUGGGCAGCAAUGGAGCCUUUACUGGUUCCACCAUUUCUGCACCUCAAAAUCAAAAUCCGCAUUUUUCAUUCUCAAAUUUGAGUUCUUUUGACACCAACCCAUCUUCAAUCCCCUCCUCUUUUCGAUCACUGAAUGAAUAUAACUACAUUGAAAAGCUUGAAACUAUGGAGGACUCAACUAUCACCACCACAACCACCACCACCACCAACACCACCACUCCUUUUCCUACCACCACAAGCACCAACAUUUUUUCUCAGCCAUGGCAAAUUUCUACAUCAAGCUGUAUGGUGGACAUGCCAAACUACUGGAAUUGGAAUGAUCUUGACAUGUUAUCAGCUGAUCUCAACAUACCUUGGGAUGAAACUGAGAUCAAAUCCACAGGAAUUUAA